AUGGUAAUUGUUUUGAGAUUUGUUGAUGUCCAAGGGUUUUUACGGGAGCACUUUUUUCAUAUUGUGCAUGUUAAGGACACCACUGCAUUAACUCUGAAGAAAGAGAUAUCCGAUAUCCUCUCUCGUUACAAUUUGAACAUUCACAACAUGCAAGGUCAAAGAUAUGAUGGUGCUAGCAAUAUGCGUGGUGCAUGGAAUGGAUUACAAGCCUUAUUUCUUAACGAUUGCCCGUAUGCUUAUUAUAUACAUUGUUUUGCCCACCGACUACAACUAGCAUUAGUUGUAGCUGCUGAAACUGAGAGCUCUAUCUGGUUAUUCUUUUCAAAGUUGACUUCCAUUGUCACUCUUGUUGAUGCUUCUCCAAAACGACAUACCGAGUUACAAUCUGCCCAAGCCAUUGAAAUUGAACAUAUGUUAGAUACCAGUGAACGUGAGACGGGUAUAGGGGCUAAUCAGAUUGGUACUUUGCAUCGAUCUGGAACAACUCAUUGGAGCUCUAAUUUUGAUUCUAUUUGCAACUUGAUUGACAUGUUUACUGCAACUAUUAAAGUUCUUGAAAUGAUGUUCGAGAAGGGAUCCUUUAACUCUAUACAUGGGGAAGCUAAAGGUGCUUUGCUUGCGAUAAAGACAUUUGAGUUCAUAUUUAUUUUGCAUUUGAUGCAUAGAAUUAUGGGAAUCACUAAUUUGCUUUGUCGAGCCUUGCAACACAAAUCUCUUGACAUCAUAAAUGCCAUGGACUUGGUCUCUACUACAAAAGCACUCCUUCACACCUUGAGAGAAGAAGGUUUUGACCCUCUUAUGAUGCAUGUGAAAUCAAUUUGCACACAGUAUGAUAUUGAUAUGCCCGACAUGAGUGCUCGUUACAAAACAGAUACGGGUCGUACUUGUCAGCAAAAGGAUGUCCUCACAGUUGAGCCUCAUUACCACAUUGAUAUAUUCAACGCCGUAAUAGAUUUUCAGUUGGCAGAGUUGAAUGACAGAUUCAACGAGGGGGUAGUGGAACUCCUUGUCCUUAGCUCGGCUUUAGAACCUAAGGAUGACUUUAAAUCAUUCAACGUUGAUUAUAUUUGCACUCUUGCCGAGAAAUUUUAUCCUGAUGAUUUCACAAAUCAGGAGAGACAUUAUUUGAGAUUACAGUUGGAACAUUAUAAGCUUGAUGUACCUCGUCAACAGAAAUUCCAAAAUAUGACCACCAUUUCUGAAUUAUGUCGAGGGUUAGUUGAGACAAAAAAGUCGGAGAGCUAUCAUUUAAUCGAAAAGUUGAUUCGCCUUGUUGCAACUCUUCCAGUUACCACAACAACAGCAGAAAGAGCAUUUUCAGCUAUGAAGCAUGUGAAAACUGAUCUGCCCAACAAAAUGAAGGAUGAUUUUCUAGCGGAUUCUAUGAUUAUGUACAUCGAAAGAGAUCUUGUUCAAGACAUCGACUCAUAUUCGAUAAUAGAUGAUUUUUAUUCUGUGAAACAUCGUAGGGUACAACUUCGAUAG